CAGUCGGUUGUGCGAGUGCGCAUGGCCCUUUAAGAAGCACAGGCGCCACAGCUAUGAUGAAACCACGGUAUGUGGGAUUAUGCAGAGAAUGGAGGAGAAAGCGCUUGUGUGGUGGCACAAUUUGGGUUGAUUAUAGAGCCUUUGCCCUUUGACUCGGGGUGGAUCUGUUUGCAGGAGGCAGUUCCUGAUCUCGCGCAAGCAAUUGGCUGUGGUUGAACUUGUGCAUGUGUGUAUUUUCGCUAACCUCUUUCUCUCCAUGCAUUUUAAAUACAAAAAUGCAGGCGUGUGAGUACAGGGAACUAGUCACAGCGCGGCUUUCACCGUGUUUGAAGAUUGACAAGGCCAUUCAUUAGAUAUAGACACUCCACUGCAGCGGGUCCGGCAAGGAUCGUACUGUCAAGCGCAACAUUCUGAACCGAGUCAGAGAACGCAGUGGAGCUUUUCCUACAGCGGUGGAUCGGUGAAGAGGGCAUAGUCACACAUCACGGGAACAUGGGAGAAAAGAGGAUCUCGCGCUGGUAUUUCGGAGGCAUCGCCUCUUGCGGCGCCGCCUGCUGCACGCACCCACUGGACCUUGUCAAGGUGCACCUGCAGACACAGCAGGAGGUGAAGAUGAGGAUGGUGGGGAUGGCCAUGCAAGUGGUCCGGAACGAUGGCUUUCUGGCACUGUACAAUGGGCUCAGCGCCUCCCUCUGCAGGCAGAUGUCCUACUCCCUUACACGGUUUGCCAUAUACGAGACUGUGCGGGACAUGAUGGGCGGGGCCAAGCAAGGCCCCAUGCCGUUCUACCAGAAAGUUCUGUUGGGUGCCUUUGGAGGGUUUACCGGCGGCUUCAUUGGGACUCCUGCGGACAUGGUGAACGUCAGAAUGCAGAAUGAUAUGAAGCUGCCACCGGAACUGAGGAGAAACUACGCCCACGCAUUGGACGGUCUGUUCAGAGUCUGGAGAGAGGAGGGCAUUCGGAGACUGUUUUCUGGAGCCACAAUGGCCUCCAGCAGAGGGGCUCUGGUCACCGUGGGACAGCUCUCUUGUUAUGACCAGGCCAAACAGCUUGUCCUGGGCACUGGCUUCAUGUCUGACAACAUUUUCACCCACUUCCUGUCCAGCUUCAUCGCAGGAGGUUGUGCCACUGUUCUCUGUCAGCCUCUGGACGUGCUGAAGACGAGGCUCAUGAACUCUAAAGGAGAAUACAGCGGGGUGGCACACUGCAUGAAGGAGACUGCAAAACUGGGACCCCUGGCCUUCUAUAAGGGUCUUGUUCCAGCUGGAAUUCGACUGAUCCCUCACACGGUGCUGACCUUCAUCUUCCUGGAACAGCUGCGCAAUAACUUUGGCAUCAUCAUCGUCUCCUAAGCACGAGCAGUGCCCCGCCCAACAUUGCCCUCUGAUUGUUCAAGUUGCGUCUGGGACAGCAGUGACCACGCCAAUUUCCCCUGUCCUGCCCCUCCCUGCACUGGAUGUCCCACUAAAGUGGAUGUCCACAUUUGGACUGAAUACAAAAAAUACGUUCAGGCCCAAUACAGUCACACACACACACACCAAAAAACACACAUGCAGGCACACACUCCGCUCCCACCCGCACGCGCACACACUGGCUCCUCCCACAGACCGAGUCCAUGAGCCCUCUGUUUCCCAGACUCGUCAGCUGGAAAAAGCGUUGGGUUCUUUGCCUGCAUGUGGAGGUGUGGAGGUGUGUGGGGGAGAUCUCCCUCUCUCUCCUGCUCAUUCCAGUAAUCCUGUACUGUGAACCCCCCCCCCCUCGGGUAGAGAGGAGUUCAUUCAUCCUGCUAGAGUGUGAGCUUGUGCAUUAUCCGAUUCGCACGUCUGCCCCAUUAAACGGCCGCCAAUGCUAGGCGCACUGCGCUGAAAUGGUCAGAAGCUUACGGUCCGACGAUGACCAAAAGAGCCUCAACAUGGAACCGGCUGCCAUUUUGUGUCUCUUCAGCACCGGCGUCGCCGCGGCAGCAGAGCUCUUAUUUCUGUCCGGUCGCUUCUGUGGGACUGACGGCAUGUUACGCAGCGCUGAGACCAGGCCUCCGCCUCGGACCGCUUUUUAAAAAGCGCUGUCCUGGCCGCGUGGUCCCUACGCAGGAAGAGGGAAUAUGGUGUAACACCGAUGACCACACCACGACCCCCCACCCCUACCCCCCCCCCCCCCACACACACAUUCCUUCUGCUUCCUCUUGCGCUCUUAGAGGAUCUUCCGAAAUUGUGUGUUGCAUCAUGGCGAACAUGUGGUCCAAGUUGUGACUGUGAGACCAGAUUUAACCUGGAGAGUAGGGACGCACAGCUUAUAACCUUCUAGAGCCAGGGGUGCUGUGUGUGUGUGGGUGUGUGUGUGUGUGCCCGUGUAUGUGAAUUUUCUGCAGAGGCAGAAGCUGAUUUCAAUCGAGGAAACACUUUAUUUUGUGUGUGUGUUUGUGUGUGUGUGUGUGUGUGUGUGUGUGUGUGUGUGUGUGUGUGUGUGUGUGUGUGUGUGUGUGUGUGUGUGUGUGUGUGUGUGUGAGACACGAGAGAGAGAUUGGAAAUGAAGCAGUGUUGUAAUGGUCACACACAAACACAGUGCAUCCUAUACCCGAAGCAAAGAUAACUAUCUUAAACAAUUAUUGCACUAAAUGAAGAUUUCAAAAAAAUUAAUAAUUCCAGAGUAAUUCCAUCAGUCCCUCAGUUUUCUCCUAUGCCCUUGUUAUACUUUGGCCAGUAGAGGGCAGUAUGACACUGCAAGUCGUGUGUGCGUGUAUGUGCAGUUUGCAUUUUCUGCAGAUUUCAGUAGAGGAGGAAACACUGUAUUUUGUGUUUAUGCUACAAUGGCACAAUGCUCUUAACUAAAGCCUGUUUUUUGCUGUUAUUUUUAUGGACCACUUGUUAUUCUUACAGAAGAGACAGACUCCACAAAGUUUUAUUUUGCAAGAAACUGCAAUGGUUUUCAUUUAAAAAAAAUUUUUAUUUUAAAUAACCUUCAUCAUAAAAAUCAUAAUGUGACAUACUAAGGAAGUUGCUCUAAUAGCUGUAAUAUAAUUUAGUUUUACAAACAGGGUGUAGUACUUGAAAUGGAGCAAUUGUCCGCAGUAUAUGACUGGAUAUAUUUUCACAAUAUAUAGAAUUUUUGUUCUUUGAAAAUUGGGGUACUUUUCUUAAUAUAAUUAUGGAGUCCAGAGCAGAGUAGAUACCAGACAGUCCUUAAUUUUAAAGCUGCUGUUAUUAGAUUGUAGUUCCUGUGGAUUUUCUCCAGGAGUUUUUAGAGCAUACACCUAGGCCUUGUGUCCCAGUGGCGACACAAAUUUAUUUGUCAUUUCCUGUUUAGUUGCACAGAUGAUUAUUUUUUUUGUUCAAUAUUAACCGAUUUUGAAAUGCUUUGUCGUGUGAAAUUGUUAUUUGAAGCUCUGUCACCAGGUCUUGUGAGAGGGUGCUGUUAUGACUAGACUCAAGUGCACUGCAUAGUGACAGAUGGGCAUUUGGAGUAGUGUUCAGUUUUUCAGUAUCUCCUACUUUAUGCAAGUUUUAAAAAAAGUCUUCUUGACCAAAAAAGUGACACCAUUUCCAAAUUAGAGCAAUGCAAUAUUGAGGUACUACAUUCUUUGAAAUCCAGUGAAAAUCAAUAUGUAAUUUAAUCAGAUAAAUGUCUUUAUGAGUGCACCUGUGUGUGCACGGUUGCAUGCAUGCGCACAAGUGUGUGUUUGAGCACGUAUGUGCUGACUUGGUCUUCACACUUAUGCUGCUCUUACAUCCUGCAAGUUCCCGUUGGGUCUAAAUGUGUUGUGGCGGCUGCACCAGGGUAUAGCAGAUCUGAAUGAUUAAUGGGGACUCCACCAGGGUAUACCAGGUCUGAAUGAUUUAUGGGGACUAGACCAGGGUAUACCAGGUCUGAAUGAUUUAUGGGGACUAGACCAGGAUAUACCAGGUCUGAAUGCUUUAUGAGGACUCUACGGAGGGUCCAAUCUGUAGGUCACAUGAUCACCACUACAAGUAAAGUGUUCUCCACACUUGAGUGCAACCAAUGCAUAAAAAUGGUGUGCUGAAUAUCAAGAAGAAAUCUCAACUCUGAAGAUAAUUAAUGCAGAAAAAAAUUAUGCAAUUAAAGUACUAAUGAAAAACUG